GUGCAGCAUAUUCGCACUAAACAAAGAUCAAUGGUGGCCUCUUGUCAAACUUUCAAUCCACCCUCAUUCGUAACUUGUUCCAAUCUUCUGUGAUUUCGUUCAAUAUGGUAGGCCUCACGGUGUCAUCUUUCGGCGUUUAUGGUCUCCUGGUCGUCAUUGCCAUCCUUUACCAGACCGAGCUACCGCGUAUGGUGAAGCUUGGUCUUGGCAUUGGCAGAACUCUCGAGCCCCUGGGCUCGUUUCCAUACACAUAUCGCCGAAUCCAAGAGCCUCGUCUGGAAGCAUGUGAAGAUAUGUGGCUGUCGGAAUCGACACGCCAGUUGUUUCUUGCCUGCUCCGAUUCCUUGUCCCGCAAGGAGUACCUGCCAAAUGGUGGGAAGUUCAAUGUGUCUGGACGAAGCCUCCGUGAUUCCAUUGUUGUGAUGGACCUCGAAAGGCCAUCCGGAGAUAGCUUUGAUAUGCGCACACUAGAGACUCCAGGCUUCUUUGGAACUGACGGGGAUGGGCGGCUUCAUUUGGUCGGAUUCGCAGGCAGUGAUGAUGAACCUGGCGACAUCCGACUGUGGGUUAUCAAUACGAAGCCAUCGGUAGACCCAAUCACGGGCGAAUUCUUGGAUAAUUCGAAAGUGGGAGCGAACUCCACGGUUGAGCUCUUCAAGACAGGGGCAGGUGCCACUACACUGGAACACAUCAAAACUUUCUUCCAUUCACAGAUUGCUACACCUAACAAGGUUACCGCACUCGGGGGACCCCAUGACGGGUUUUACUACACGAAUGAUCAUGGCACGGUCAAGACUGGACUGGGAUACGCGCUAUCACCAUUGCUCGCCAAAGCCGAUGUGUCUUUCUGCGAUGACACCACCUGCCGAACUGUGGUACCAGGCCUCAAAUACCCGAAUGGCUUGGUAAAGGGCCAUGACGGAUUGAUAUACGUCCCCAGUGCCAGCAUUGGCGGGAUCGACGUCUUCGAGCCACUCCCUGACCACGGACUAAAGAAAAUCGACCAUAUUGACGUCGACUAUAGCUUGGACAACUUAAACGUCGACGCGAGCGGGGAUAUCUACGCAGCUGCCUUCCCCAUCGCCAAGCAGAUCCUAGACGGCUUCAACGAUCCUCUCAACAGCUUUCCCGCUGCGACAGCCCUACGCAUCAGGAAAACUCUCAGCGGCUAUGAGGUGACCAAGGUUAUUGAGGACAGGAACGGCGAAGUAUUGCCGGCUACGACCACGGUUCUUCACGACACAAAGACAGGAAAACUGUUCAUGAGCAGUGUAUUUUCGCCCUUCAUCUCGAUUUGCGAUGAGGAAUAGCUGGAAUAACCAUUAAAAAAAGGAUCUUUUAGAUUUCCGCGGUUGAGCAAAGAC